AUGAAUCGAGGAUUCUUAGCAAAUCUACCUUCUGAAAUCAUCAUCAAUAUACUCGCGAAACUUACUGUUAGAACCAUUAUAAACUGCAAAUGUGUGUGCAAAUCAUGGCUCAAUCUACUCAACACUGCAGACUUUAUCAACUAUCAUAGUUCUAAAUCGACCCCGGGGAUAGCCAUGCUUAUAGAGGAAAGCCGUGGGAAUUUGCUCACGAUAUUAGAAUUUGAAGAUGGGUUAGAGCCUGAAAAUCAUGAGCUUCACUUCAUACCUGUCCUUGAGUUUGACUUCCAGGAUUACAUGAAGCUCUUCCAGUUUGUAAGGAUACAGGGCUCAGCCAAUGGAUUGCUUCUCUUGCGGGAAAUCAGCAAUGAAGCUGAUGAACCUGAUUCUCUUUACAUAUGCAAUCCAAUCACCCGCCAAUAUAAGAAAGUAUCCUCUGAAACACAGGAUUUGCUUGCCAUUCCAAGAACUGAGUGUCAUAUCUACACUCUUGAGACAGGAUCCUGGAGAAGCAUUCCACCAGGGGAACCAAUGAAAUACGAUUGUCGAUCCAAUGCGGUGCUGCUGAAUGGUAGUCUCCACUGGUUUGUGAGAGAUUUGAAAGGGUCUUCUUUCAUUUCCUGUUUGGAUCUUGAAAGAGAAGUUUUCACCACUUUUUCUUCUCCAUUUCGUCGGAAAUCUGUAAUGGGACUGGGGGCUUUGGAGGACAGCCUGUGCCUGUGUGAUAAUUCAUCAGAAAAUGAAAUUGUUAUUUGGAUCAUGAAGGAGUAUGGAGUGGAGAAUUCAUGGAGUAAAGAAUUUGUGAUCAGCAAGAUCCUAUUCAUGUAGGUGAAACUUAUGAAGCUGUUUAUCCCAUCAAGAUUUUCAAAGACGGCGAUAUCCUGAUGUGUUGGGGGGACUUCUUCCUGUUCUACUCCUGCAACAAAACUAAAGCUACUCGACCAACAUCCAUGAUAGGCCACCGAUUAGAAGCAAUCUUCCACUCCCCGACCUUU